AUGAGGUUGAGCUUAAGCUUGGUUCUGCGUCUGAGCCAGAGCCUAAGCCUGAGCUUGAGAAAAAGGUUGGACUUGACCUUGAGCUUGAGCUUGAACUUGAGCUUUAACUUAACCUUGAACUUGAACCAUAGCGUUAAGCUUGAGCCUAAACCUAAGCCUAAGCUUAAGCCUAAGCCUAAGCCGGAACCGGAGCCUGGGGCUGGUGCUGCCGCUGGGGCUGGGGCUGUGGCUGGGGCUGGGCCUGGGGCUGAGCCUGGGCUUUAG